GAGUCACUUUGUGUCACCGCGUGUCACUGAGGGGGGAGGGGACACACGGCGCCACCCCCGCAGUGCCACCAGCCCUUUAUUGGGGACUGUCCCCAUGUCCCCUGUCCCCAGUGUCCCCACUGUCCUUGUCCCCAGUGUCCCUGCUCCUGGCCGUGUCACUCCUGGUGUCCUUGGUGUGGCGCUGGCGCUCCCCGCUGUCACCAUCGCUGUCACCAUCAUUGUCACCAUCGCUGUCACCAUCAUUGUCACCAUCGCUGUCACCAUCAUUGUCACCAUCGCUGUCACCAUCAUUGUCACCAUCGCUGUCACCAUCAUUGUCACCAUCGCUGUCACCAUCAUUGUCACCAUCGCUGUCACCAUCAUUGUCACCAUCGCUGUCACCAUCAUUGUCACCAUCGCUGUCACCAUCAUUGUCACCAUCGCUGUCACCAUCAUUGUCACCAUCGCUGUCACCAUCAUUGUCACCAUCGCUGUCACCAUCAUUGUCACCAUCGCUGUCACCAUCAUUGUCACCAUCGCUGUCACCAUCAUUGUCACCAUCGCUGUCACCAUCAUUGUCACCAUCGCUGUCACCAUCAUUGUCACCAUCGCUGUCACCAUCAUUGUCACCAUCGCUGUCACCAUCAUUGUCACCAUCGCUGUCACCAUCAUUGUCACCAUCGCUGUCACCAUCAUUGUCACCAUCGCUGUCACCAUCAUUGUCACCAUCGCUGUCACCAUCAUUGUCACCAUCGCUGUCACCAUCAUUGUCACCAUCGCUGUCACCAUCAUUGUCACCAUCGCUGUCACCAUCAUUGUCACCAUCAUUGUCACCAUCGCUGUCCCCGGUGUCCUCCUCGUCCUCGUCGCUGUCCCCGCCGUUGUCCCCAUCGUGCUCGUUGUCCCCAUCGUGCUCGUUGUCCCCGUCGCUGUCCCCGUCGCUGUCCCCCGUGUCCUCCUCGCUGUCCCCCGUGUCCCCAGGGGUCCCCCCCCGGUUGGUGUUGACAAAGAGGCCCUCGGGGUCGUCACUGUGGGGGUCACAGUGUCCCCGAACGUGUCACCAAAUGUGUCACAGUGUCCCCAAACGAGUCACUAAAUGUGUCACAGUGUC